UUUCUUUUAUCAGUGUUAUCAGCAAUCACCCACUCAAAGGCAUUGCUUCUCCCCAUCCUUUCAUCCUUUUUCCCACACCCCCGCUGCUGCCAAACCUUCCAUUUCGCCACAAAACGGAUGCGUCACAGCCCGUAACUUCCCUAUACAUGCAGAUCAAAAUGCGUAACGCGUACUUCAAGGCCGCUGCUAAAAUAACAAAGCCAUUAGCAUAGAACACACGUCUGCGGCCUCGUGUGCUGGGCGGGGCCUCGGGAAGGUCUCUGGGCGGUGUUUUGCAGGUUAUCAGAGCGUGGGUCCCCAGCACUCACUCCCCGUGUGGAGAUAACCGGCGGCUGAUUAGAGAGAUAAGGUCAUUACGAGUCAAAGCGAGAAGGGUCUUAAUGCUGAGCGGUGUCUGUCACGCUACUCCCGACACCCGCUGCUGCUGGCGCGGGCCUUCUCUGUCAGUGUCUCGUGGAACGCCGCGCUGGGUGUCGGGUCGCCGCGGUUAGCGUGCGGAGCUGUGCGGGUCAUGCGAGGUGGACAAGUGAGAUAAACAGACAGCCACAAGUACCAGUGGUCGCCACAGGCGUGAGUGGCGCGCCCCAGGACCGCCGCCGUGAUGGGCGUGGAGUGCAAGACAGACAACAACAACGUGAUCACCACCACCUGCGGCUCCAUGAGGACGCAGCUUGCCUCAGCCUCCGCCCAGAGCUCGCCUCCAGCCAGGCACCGCAAGGCGAGGAUGGCCGCUUGCCUCUCCUCUGUGAGUGCUGGGGAAGACAGGGCCACUGUCAGGUCUUCGCUCGCCGCGAGGGAUUCCUUGGGGACACGCGGGGUGGGACCUGACGCGGGGAUCGAGGUGGAAAAGGCAGAGCGGCGCAUCUCUGCUGGCGGCUUCAACAGACACAAACUGCUCAGUGGAGACACACGACUCCUUGCUGCACGUAGUCCCCCUCCCCGCCGCCACCCCCACCAAGAGGGUCAGCAGAGAGAAGACAGGAUCUUCAGUGAGUACUCAGCCUCCUCCGUCAGGGAAGUCUCCCGUGAAGAGGAGACCCACUAUUGACUUCACCAAAAGUGCCUCAGGCUGCCAGAACAAAACCUCCACAAAAUCUGGAGUCCCGGUCAGAAAAUCGAAUAGCACAGCUGAGAAGCGAAGUCACUACCACCGGGGGCGGUGCGGGCCAGCGAGGCACCGAGCGUCACCUUGCGACCCACCGCAUCCCAGAACCGCCUCCGUCCCAAGUCUCUGGGAAGCGAGAGCCUCGCCGCGGCGGUCACGAGUCAUGCGAGGCGCGAGGCA